AUGUCGCCGUUUCUGGAGGUUAAGACAAACUCUGGCAGCAUCACUUGCAAACCAAUAUGUGAGAAUGGUGAGAAUACCUUGCUGCAGCGGUCAGAGCACAAUGGAUUUCUGCAGAAGCCGAAGCUCUGCCCUGUGGAACCUCAAGAAAUACACAAUCUACUAUGCAUUGGCUUUGGCCCUGCAAGUUUAGCAAUCGCUGUCGCACUGAACGACGCGCUGGACAAUGCCAAUUGUAUCGAUGGCAAACAGCCCAAGGUGUGCUUCUUGGAGAAGCAGCAUCAGUUUGCAUGGCAUGCAGGCAUGCUUCUCCCUGGCUCAAAGAUGCAGAUAUCCUUUAUCAAAGACUUAGCAACCUUACGUGACCCUCGAAGCGAGUUCACCUUUCUCAAUUACCUCCAUAGGCACCACCGACUUGUCCAAUUCUCGAAUUUGGGUACUUUCCUGCCGUCAAGGGCUGAGUUUGAAGAUUACCUCCGCUGGUGCGCCGAUCACUUUACUGACGUGGUCGAGUAUGGUCAGGAGGUUUUAGAGGUGUCACCCAAAGAGGUAUCCGAACCAUCUACCAAGAUCGAUUACUUUCUUGUCAGCAGCCGAAACAUCCACGAUGGUAGCGUGUCCAUGAGAAAGGCUCGCAAUGUCGUGAUUGCUGUUGGAGGGCAACCGCACAUCCCAGUGUCUUUUCCAAGCGACGAACCACGUGUCAUCCACUCGUCACAAUACCGCAGCCGUGUACCCACGCUGCUGCCGGACAAGACCAGUUCCUACAGCAUAGCUGUCGUUGGUAGCGGCCAAAGUGCAGCCGAAAUCUUUCGCGAUCUGCACUAUAAGUACCCGUCAGCGAUGAUAUCAUUGAUCAUCCGGGACACAGCCUUGCGCCCAAGCGAUGACUCCCCGUUUGUAAAUGAAAUCUUUGAUCCGGAACGAACAGACCAUUUCUACAAUGGUCUUCCUGCUGCUCGCGCGGAUGCGCUAAGAGCAGACAGAGGCACCAACUACAGCGUUGUGCGAUUGGAGCUUCUUGAACAGAUCUACCACGACCUUUAUGAACAGAGAGUCAAGCAACCGGAUGAGGCGCAAUGGCAACGUCGCAUUCUACCCUCUCGUGAGAUCACCCACGUUACGAAGGACGAGGGCAGUAAGUGUGGCAAGCUGAGCCUCACCAUCAAGAACAUCAGCCCUCUAGGAAGUCCACCAGGCUCAGAUCAGGAGAUGCUUGAAGUCGACGCUGUCAUACUCGCAACAGGCUAUGUUCGAAACGCCCAUGAAAAGAUGCUGAAGAGCUUGGAGCACCUCCGGCCUCAAGCAGACAACAACUGGCGCGUACGGAGAGACUACAAGGUGGAAAUGGAUAGGAGCAAGGUCAGCGCCGAUGCUGGAAUCUGGUUGCAGGGCUGCAAUGAAAGCACGCAUGGCUUGUCUGACACUCUUCUGUCGACGUUGGCUACCAGAGGUGGCGAGAUGGUGGAUUCUAUCUUUGGGACAGCUCACGCAAACGGAGAAUAG